AGCCGGCCGCCAGACUGGGAACGUGCUAGACCUCUAGGUGGCUGCUGCUCUCGAGGGUGGGGCUCCGGAGAGAGUGGCGCGAUCACCAGCUCCCCGCCAGCGGCUCUGGAGAGGCUGAAGGGAUCAGGGGCGAGGGGGUGGGGGUGGGGGCUCACGGGUGCGUAGUCCAGCGCAGUCUCCUCGUCUCGUUUUCCGGACUCUUGGCAUCUCUUGCUGUAACUGACAAGGUAUUGGUCUCAAGCUGAAUGAUCGUAGGAAGUUGAAAGUCUUAAAGAGAGGACCUGGUACAGUUUUUGGAUUACACCGAAACUCAGCCAAGAUGGCCAAGUAUGGAGAACAUGAAGCCAGGCCCGACAGUGGGCAGAAUGAAUUCAGUGAUAUUAUUAAGUCCAGAUCUGAUGAACACAAUGACGUGCAGAAGAAAACCUUUACCAAAUGGAUAAAUGCUCGAUUUUCAAAGAGUGGGAAGCCACCCAUCAAUGAUAUGUUCACAGACCUCAAAGAUGGAAGGAAGCUGUUGGAUCUUCUAGAAGGCCUCAUAGGAACAUCCCUGCCGAAGGAACGUGGCUCCACAAGGGUACAUGCCUUAAAUAACGUCAACAGAGUGCUGCAGGUUUUACAUCAGAAUAAUGUGGAAUUAGUAAAUAUAGGUGGAACUGACAUUGUAGAUGGAAAUCACAAACUGACCCUGGGAUUACUUUGGAGCAUCAUUUUGCACUGGCAGGUAAAAGAUGUCAUGAAGGAUGUCAUGUCAGACCUGCAGCAGACAAACAGCGAGAAGAUCCUUCUGAGCUGGGUGCGUCAGACCACCAGGCCCUAUAGCCAAGUCAAUGUCCUCAACUUUACCACCAGCUGGACAGAUGGACUCGCCUUUAAUGCCGUGCUCCACAGACAUAAACCUGAUCUCUUCAGCUGGGAUAAAGUUGUCAAAAUGUCCCCAAUUGAGAGACUUGAGCAUGCCUUCAGCAAGGCUCAAACUUAUCUGGGAAUUGAAAAGCUGUUAGAUCCUGAAGAUGUUGCUGUUCAGCUUCCUGACAAGAAAUCCAUAAUUAUGUAUUUAACAUCUUUGUUUGAAGUGCUACCUCAGCAAGUCACUAUAGAUGCCAUCCGUGAGGUAGAGACACUCCCGAGGAAAUAUAAGAAAGAAUGUGAAGAGGAAGAAAUUAAUAUACAGAGUGCAAGGCCCGAGGAGGAGCACAAGAGUCUCCGAGCUGAAACCCCCAGCACUGUCACUGAGGUUGACAUGGAUCUGGACAGCUAUCAGAUAGCACUGGAGGAAGUGCUGACCUGGUUGCUUUCUGCCGAGGACACUUUCCAGGAGCAGGAUGACAUUUCUGAUGAUGUUGAAGAAGUCAAAGACCAGUUUGCAACCCAUGAAGCUUUCAUGAUGGAGCUGACUGCACACCAGAGCAGUGUGGGCAGUGUCCUGCAGGCAGGUAACCAACUGAUAACACAAGGAACUCUGUCAGAUGAAGAAGAGUUUGAGAUUCAAGAACAGAUGACCCUGCUGAAUGCUAGAUGGGAGGCCCUUAGAGUGGAGAGUAUGGAUAGACAGUCCCGGCUGCAUGACGUGCUGAUGGAACUACAGAAGAAGCAGCUGCAGCAGCUUUCCACCUGGCUAACCUUCACGGAGGAGCGCAUCCAGAAGAUGGAGACGUGCCCCCUGGAUGAUGAUGUCCAAUCCCUGCAAAAGCUGCUGGAAGAACAUAAAAGUUUGCAAAAUGAUCUUGAGGCUGAACAGGUAAAAGUAAAUUCCUUAACUCACAUGGUGGUAAUUGUUGAUGAAAACAGCGGUGAGAGUGCUACAGCUAUUUUGGAAGAUCAGUUACAGAAACUUGGUGAACGCUGGACAGCAGUGUGCCGUUGGACUGAAGAACGCUGGAAUAGGCUACAAGAAAUCAACAUCUUGUGGCAGGAAUUACUGGAAGAACAGUGCUUGUUGAAAGCUUGGUUAACUGAGAAAGAAGAGGCUUUAAAUAAGGUUCAGACAAGCAACUUCAAGGACCAAAAGGAACUGAGUGUCAGUGUUCGACGUCUGGCUAUUUUGAAGGAAGACAUGGAAAUGAAGCGUCAAACAUUGGAUCAACUGAGUGAGAUUGGCCAGGAUGUGGGUCAAUUACUUGAUAAUCCCAAGGCAUCUAAGAAGAUCAACAGUGACUCAGAGGAAUUGACUCAAAGAUGGGAUUCUUUGGUUCAGAGACUAGAAGAUUCGUCCAAUCAGGUGACUCAGGCUGUAGCAAAGCUGGGAAUGUCUCAGAUUCCUCAGAAGGAUCUUUUCGAGACUGUUCGUGUAAGAGAACAAGUAACUACCAAAAAGUCCAAGCAGGAACUGCCUCCUCCUCCUCCCCCGAAGAAGAGACAGAUCCAUGUGGAUGUUGAAGCUAAGAAAAAGUUUGAUGCUGUAAGUGUAGAGCUGUUGAAUUGGAUUUUGAAAUCAAAGACUGACCUUCAGACCACAGAGAUAAAAGAGUUCAAGAAGAUGCAAGAGACAUCUGAAAUGAAGAAGAAGUUGAAGGGAUUAGAAAAAGAACAAAUGGAAAGAAUCCCCAGACUGGAUGAAUUAAACCAAACUGGACAAAUCCUUGUGGAGCAAAUGGGGAAAGAAGGUCUUUCUACUGAAGAAAUAAAAACUGUUCUGGAGAAAGUUUUAUCAGAAUGGAAGAGCAUAUCUCAGCAUUUGGAAGAGGUGGCAAGAAAGAUUCAGCUACAGGAAGAUAUAAAUGCUUAUUUCAAGCAGCUUGAUGAGCUUGAAAAGGUCCUAAAGAAAAAGGAGGAGUGGGUAAAACACACCCCAUUUUCUGAAUCUCCCCAGCAGUCCUUACCAAGUUUGAAGGAUUCCUGUCAGCGGGAAUCAACCCAUCUCCUUGGCCUCCACGCCAAAAUUGAAAUGGCACGAGCAAGCUGCUUGGCCCUGAAAUCUCGGCCUUCUGUCCCAGACUUUGUCCAGCAGGGCUUCGAUAGCUUUCUGGGUCGCUACCAAGCUGUGCUACAGACUUUAGAGGAUCGUCAGAAAUGGCUAGAAAAGGAACUGAAGAGCCGACCUGGACACACAUAUUUGGAAACAUUGAAAACACUGAAAGAUACACUAAAUGAUUCAGAAAAUAAGGCCCAGAUGUCUCUGAAUGUCCUUAAUGAUCUUGCCAAGAUGGAGAAAGGCCUGCAAGAAAAAAAGGCCCUUGAUGAAAUCCUUGAGAAUCAAAAACCUACAUUACACAAACUUGCAGAAGAAACAAAGGCUUUGGAGAAAAAUGUUCCUCCUGAUGUAGAAAAAAAAUAUAAACAGGAAUUUCAUGAUGUCCAAGGAAAGUGGAACAAACUAAAGGUCAUGGUUUCCAAAGAUCUGCAUUUGCUUGAAGAAAUUACUCCCAAACUCAGAACAUUUGAGGCUGAUUCAAAAGUCAUUGAAAAGUGGAUGGAUGGUGUGAAAGAAUUCUUAAUGAAAGAGCAGGCUGCCCAAGGAGAUGCCACAGGGCUACAGAGGCAGCUAGACCAAUGCUCUGAAUUUGUGAAUGAAAUAGAAACAAUUGAAUCCUCUCUGAAAAACAUGAAGGAAAUAGAGACUAACCUUCAAAGCUCUCCAGUUCCUGGAAUAAAAACUUGGAUGCAGGCAAGACUAGUUGACUACCAAACCGAACUGGAGAAAUUUAGCAAAGAGAUUGCUACUCAAAAAAAUAAGCUGUCUGAAAGUCAGGAAAAAACCGUGAACUUGAAGAAGGACUUGGCAGAGAUGCAGGAGUGGAUGACCCAGGCUGAAGAAGAAUACCUGGAGAGGGAUUUUGAGUACAAGUCACCAGAAGAGCUUGAGAAUGCUGUGGAAGAAAUGAAGAGGGCAAAAGAGGAUGUGUUGCAGAAGGAGGUGAGAGUGAAGAUUCUCAAGGACAGUAUCAAGUUAUUAGCUGCCAAAGUGCCCUCUGGUGGCCAGGAAUUGACAUCUGAGCUGAAUGUUGUGCUGGAGAAUUAUCAACUUCUUUGUAAUAGAAUUCGAGGAAAGUGCCACACACUAGAGGAGGUCUGGUCUUGUUGGAUUGAACUGCUUCACUAUUUGGAUCUUGAAACGACCUGGUUAAACACCUUGGAAGAGCGGAUGAAGAGCACCGAGAUCCUGUCUGAGAAGACAGAUGCUGUCAGUGAAGCUCUAGAGUCUCUAGAAUCUGUUUUGCGCCACCCAGCAGAUAAUCGCACCCAGAUUCGGGAACUUGGCCAGACUCUGAUUGAUGGAGGAAUCCUUGAUGAUAUAAUCAGUGAAAAGCUGGAGGCUUUUAAUAGCCGAUAUGAAGAACUGAGUCAUCUGGCAGAGAGCAAGCAGAUUUCUUUGGAAAAGCAGCUACAGGUCCUGCGGGAAACUGACCACAUGCUUCAAGUCUUGCAGGAGAGCUUGGGGGAGCUAGACAAGCAGCUCACCACGUACCUGACUGACAGAAUAGACGCUUUUCAAGUUCCUCAGGAAGCUCAGAAAAUCCAAGCAGAGAUCUCAGCCCAUGAACUAACAUUAGAGGAGUUGAGAAGAAAUCUGCGUUCUCAGCCCCCGACCUCCCCGGAGGGAAGGACAUCUAGAGGAGGAAGUCAGGUGGAUGUGCUGCAGAGGAAACUUCGAGAGGUGUCCACAAAAUUCCAGCUUUUCCAGAAGCCUGCAAACUUUGAGCAGCGGAUGCUGGACUGCAAGCGUGUGCUGGAUGGUGUGAAGGCAGAACUCCAUGUUCUGGAUGUGAAGGAUGUAGAUCCUGAUGUCAUACAGACCCACCUGGACAAGUGUAUGAAACUGUAUAAAACUUUAAGUGAAGUCAAACUUGAAGUGGAAACUGUAAUCAAAACAGGAAGACACAUUGUCCAGAAGCAGCAAACUGACAAUCCUAAAGAGAUGGACGAGCAGCUGACAUCCCUGAAGGUCCUUUACAAUGACCUGGGUGCACAG